UUGUCAUGUUUUUGAAUUCGUUUGAUAAUGGCUAAUAUUGAAAAUUUUAUGCAAAUUCUUGCUAAAUGGAUCAAUUUGGUCAAUAACAAUGACAUUGACAUAAUAAAUUCGAACGAAUGGUAUACGAGUAAAUUGUCCGAAAUUGAUUUGCUGAAUGAAAGAAUCGAAGAAUCAAUUUCAUGUGAACAUUUCGACGAUCAUGGUGGCCAUCGACAACAACAGGAGCUACAAUUUCGAACUUUGAUUGAAUCGUUUGUCAAAUUAGUGGAAAAUCUGAGAAACAAUGUUGAAACUUUAUUGUCAAAUAAUAAUGAAUGUCAAACAACAAGUUCGUUAUCAACGACAAAAACAAAUACCAGUUGCACGAAUAAUUAUGAAAUAAGACAACUACAAGCGGUGGUCAUCAGAUUGUCAUUGAUUAUGAUACAUACUAAAACAGUGGUUGGUCUGGUGAUUGUUAAUCGUCUUAUGGACAACCAAAUGAAUGUCAAUCAUUUUUCACAUGAAACUGAGAUAUCUUCACUAGCCAAAACAUUGAGCACCAAUGAAGAAUCAUUGAUACGAUUAUCCUUAUGUCAUUCAUUACGUUUAUCAUUCACAAAUAUUUUAAAAUUUUACUUGUCCAAUUCAAUGUCUCAAUUAAACUUUGAGAAAAUAUUUCCGAUUUCAUUGUCAAAUGAUAUAUUCGAUUCUAUGGAAAAAGAAAAACAAUCAUCUAAAAUCAUUGUUGAAUGUGAUAAUCCCAUACUUGUCAACAAUGAUGGGAUCAUAAAAUGGUCAUUGGACUAUGAAAAUAUUGAAAAACAAUUGACCAUUAUGAAAUCAAUUUAUCUGAUUUAUCUACAGCUUUUGUUGAUCGAAAAUGAAAACUUACAGCAACAUUAUUGUGUGAAACUAAUCAUACAAACAUUGCGUAAAGAUUGUUUUGCAAUUUUGUUGGCUUUGUCCACUAUUUACCGAUCACAAUCAUCAAAUGUGAAUCUCAGCGAAGAAUUACAAUCAAUAACGAAUCAGUUGGAAACUAAAUUUCUUGAAAAUCAUUUCAAUGAUCAAACAUGUCGCUUAUUAGUUAUACGUAAUUUCGUUGCAUUGUUAGCCAUAUCGUCACAACAUGGUGGUCAUAAUUCUGAAUCAAAAAAAUUAUUCCAUAUCAUUUCGAAUAUGUUUCGUAAUCAUUUAAUCGUUUCAGGUGGUCUAAAAUUAUUAAUCGAUGCCACAUUAGAUUCGGAUCGCCAAUCGGAACGUGAAACUACGAUUGUUCAUCGUUUGCAAGCAAUGGUUACUAUGGUUGUAAAUCUUCCUGUCCGACAAAAAUUACCCUAUCGACAAAAAAUCAUUACACAAUUAUUAUUUGAACUUUUAAAAUCAGAUCAUUCUGGUAGUCACCAACAUUCACCGCAAAUUUAUUAUCAAUUUGCUGCUAUGUUGCUUGAUACAUUAAAUCAAAUCGAUCCAUCAUUAAUCCAGAAAAUGGUAUUUGAUACGACAAUAAAAUCUUUUAAUAGUAUGGAACAUGAAUUUUCCAUCGAAGAAACAAUCAAAAUCAUUUAUCGUUUGAUUUCAUACCGAUCUUGUUUGUUGAAAUUAUCAGAUUUUUUUCCCGCCAUUUUUUAUCUAAGAUUUCAAUUUGAAAUAGAAAAAAAUCAAAUUCUUCAUAUACCUUUGAAGGAAGAUAGUAAAAAACUUAUCAUAGAAAUGUUGCGUGAAAUACCCAAAUCAAUAUAUAUGCUUGAUGAUUGUAUAUGUUCACAACAAUCAUUGUGGAUAAAUCAUUUUCGUAUAGAAAUUGAUCAAUCAUCAUCAAACAGAAUAGAUCAUCGAAUAAAAAUCAAUCAAAAUUCAGAUAAAUGUAAAGAACCUGUUGAUUCAUUGGCACAAAUAAAUCUAUUGGCAACAUUCAUACUUUGGAUAUUAGAUCAGAUGGCCAUCGAUUUUCGUUUUAAUUUUUUCUUCCUACUUUUGGAACAAUUGAUGAAUAAAAAUCCAUCCACAGUUGUACUAUUUUUAAUAGGACCAUUUGGUGAUCGUCUAUUCGGACAGACUAUAUCUAAACGUGAACAAGAUGAACGUGAAGCAUUCAUUAUUUCCAGUCAAAAAACCAUUCAAUUUUUAAAUAAUACAUUAGAACGAAUUGUUCAAAAAAUCAUACAGAUCCCUGAUGAACAAAACGAUGAUGAAGAUUUAGAAGAUUUUCAGCAAAAUAUUCAGAUAUGGCUUGAAACAUUAUCGAUUUGUUUACGUGUAUUAUCCAUUCUAAUUGAAAAAAUUGAAACAAAUUCAGAUAUUAUCAAACCUUAUUCAUUGUCUAUUGAGGAAUCAAAUCAAUCGGUUAUGACAAUCUUGAAUGACCUACAUCCUUGUCACAAUGCAAUCGGUAUUCUUUUACAUAAUAGCCGGACAUUAAAAUGGUUAUCACUUGAAGAUCAUGAUCUUUCUGAAAAUUUAUACCAUAGAUUUGAAAAACUUUAUACGAAAAAAGAUAUUGUCGACCAUAAUCAACAGCAUGAUAGUUGUUCAAAUUUACUUCCAUUACAAUUAGCGUUGAAAGAUCUUCAAAACAAUGAUUUUAUGCCCGGACAAGCACAUGCAUUAAACAUAAUCAGAAAAUUAGUAUUGAAUCGACAUCCAUCAAUUUCCGUCAUGUUUGAUCAAGUGAUUUCCGAAGUGAAAAAAAUUCUUCAUGAUUCAGAAUCCUAUCUUUACCUAGCAGUGAUUAGAACUUUGUCAGCGUUUGCCAUACGUCAUACUGACCGAAUUCUGCCCAUUUUAAUUGAUGAAUUAAUAUCUACAGAGACUCGACCAUUAUCUGAUCGUCUUAAAAUUGGUGAAACAAUCAUUCAGUUAACUUAUUCGAUCGGUGAUUUUGCCCAUCAUUAUUCAUCCCAAUUCAUUAAUGGAAUGCUUUUGGGCAUAAAAUCAUCCGAACCUGCCAUUCGAAUUAGUUGCCUGUCAUGUUUGGGAGAAUUUUGUCGCAGAUUUCGUUACGGAUUGCCCAAAUACAUGGUUGAAUUAAUUUCAAUGAUCGAACAAAUAAUAACGACGGAUCCGGAAUUAGAAGUCCGUCGAGCUGCUGUUUUAUUCCUGUAUCUACUUCUCAAAGGUGUUGAUCAUGAAUCAGCCAUUUUAUUGCAAAAUCAUUUAAAAAAUAUCAAAAACGUCAUUCUGGAUAUUGGAAAUCGCACACUUGAUGAUAUCUUACAGCGACAUUGUUCGAAUGCAUAUGAACAAAUAUCUAGAAUUGCUCAGGAAUUAUUACAUCAAAAUGAUUGAAAUAUUCCGUGAUAAUAUUAGAUAUAACAGAAAGUUUUAUAACAAAAUGAAACACCUCUUAAAUUUUGUUUUUUUUAAAACGAAUUAAAACAAUUUCAUCAUUUCAAUAUAAAAAAAUGCCAUCUAUGUUCAUUUUUUGUAACUAUUCUCAUAAAUCUAUCAAUCAUCGACCUAGCAAAAUUUAUUAGAUGAAAAA